UCAUGUAAAAGUCUAGUUUAAUUCAGUUUUGUUACAUUCUUGUUAACAAAAAAACAAUGAUGCACGAUGUAGGAGCAUCGUGCGUGUAUGUGUGUGAAUGCAUUAGCAUGCGUUCAUUCCUCCCUGCUGAAGAAUGAUGAUAGAGUUUCUAAAGAACGGAAGUGGACCAACCAUUUUGAAACCCCGCACCGCUUAGCACAAUGGAUAAGGGCCAUACGGUUAAGCUCUUUGUAGGGAACUUGGCCCUGGAAACCACGCAAGAAGAACUUUCAGCCAUCUUUGAGUCGUAUGGCCAGGUGGUUAGCUGCAGUGUCUUAAGACAGUUCGCCUUUGUUCACCUACAAGGAGAGGGUGCAGCCGAACGUGCCAUCCGGGAGCUCAAUGGCCGAGAGUUUAAAGGUCGUAACAUUGUGGUGGAGGAGUCCCGAGGACGCCCGCUCCACUCAACAAAGGUGUUUGUGGGUAAUCUGAGUAGUAUGUGCACAACAGAAGAUCUCCAGGAGCUGUUCCAGACCUUUGGGAAAGUUUUGGAGUGUGAUAAAGUAAAAGGUUAUGCCUUUGUUCACAUGGAGAACAAGGAAGACGCAUUGCAGGCUAUCGAGGCUUUGCAUGGGACCUCUUUCAAAGGUCGACCACUAUCUGUGGAGCUUUCAAAAGUGCAGCCAAGUAAGCAAGCCCCUACCGGUAAGAUACCAUGCGUAAGCUGCGGCAAACAAGGUCACUAUGCAGGCGAAUGCCCAGCUGGAAAGCCCACCAUGGAGCAAUAUCAAAGCCAAGCAGCCGUGCUAGCUGCAGCUGCCGCCGCAGCUGCUGGUCUACCGCUGCAGGUUCAGCAGAGUGUCCACAACUCUGUAUACAACACCACUACCUUUGACCCAACUUAUGCUGCACUAACAGGACUGACAGCUGCUGGUGCAAGGGCGGAAGCAGGGACAGCGGUUUCACCGGCCGUCUACGGAGCACUAGCUAGUCAAGUGUAUGGAACGGUUGCCAAUCAGCUGUACAGCGGGACGGUUGCAAAUCAGGCACUAAACACUAGCGCUGCUGCCGCAGCACAGAUGUAUGGGUCUGUUAACCCAGCUCUGUAUGGGCAUAUGACAAGUGGUGCCAUUGCAGCCGCUGCAGCAGCAUACGGUCCACAGGUUUACACUAAUGCGGUAGGUAAUCCAGUGUACCUAAGUAUGGAGUUACCGGCAGGUGCUGCCGCUGCUGUUAACCCGGCCUAUACAGUAGCACAGGCUCUCUACACUGCUACCCCAGCUUAUGGAGCUCUGGGAGCAGCCGAUCCAACAGCAAUCUUCGAAGCAGCGAGGGCUCACUAUUUUGCACAAGGGCAGCAGGUGCUAGCUGAGCAGCAACAGAAUAGCUCAAAGUCAGGAGAGAGGGACAGGAGUCCACUAAGAAGAUCUGCACCUCUGUUGCCAGACCCGGUCAUGAAACCAUUUAUGUACCAGAGGGUGAAACGCAGAGCCUUGUUGCCUACGCCUGCAGGUCGAGAGGAAGCUGCAGCGCAGGAGGAAGACCCUAUAGCCAGAUACUACGCUGAAUACUACCAGCAGUACCAACAGUUGCAGCAGCUCCAGCAGUACCAACAGUAUCAACAGUACCAGCAGUACCAGUAUGCCUACCCACCUCCCAACCCCCUCGCAGCGAUGCCCGGCCUUUCCACCCUGUCUGGUGUGCCUGCUCAGCAGGUGGCAACCCUCGACUCCCUCAGGCCAGUGCUGCCCGCCGCCCCCGUGCCUGCCGCUGCCGCCAUCGCCAUGGCAACUCCCCGCGUGUAUGAGCCUCCGCCGAUUCCGCCGUCGCACAAGGAGCCCCUUCUCCGCCGUGCCGAACUUGCCCUACACACCCCUGAAACACCUUUCCGAUAGUGUGCUCCACGUCCUCUCUGCCUCUCCUUUCCAUGUGUUGCGUGCGUGCGUGCGUGCGUGUGUGUGUGUGUGUGUGUGUGUCAGAAAAAAAACACAAGUGUAUGUUUAUUAAGUGUGUGUGUGAGUGUGCGACUAGAUUUAAGAUGGUGGGCAUGUUGGUUUUAACUAUAGACUGGAAUCUCUAACCUUGGUUCUGAUCACACACCCGAUGCAGUUAGAGCUGAAAAAGGGAAACUGCAUGAUUCUAUCAUUCCUGCUCACUUAACCAAUGGAACACAUCAAUGGUCAGUUUUAAGAAAUAAAGGAAUAGUUCAGCCGAUAUCAAGAAAUAUUUUCUCACCCUCAAUCAUUUCAACCCUCAUGUUUUUUUCCUCAUUCUUUUGUAAAAUCAGCAGCAUAAAUGGAAUGUCUGAGCGUUGUUCCCAUAACAGGAAUGUUGAAGGUGAUUUAUAUUUACAACUCCUAACAUAACUCCUAGUAAACUGCACAAGUCAUAAAAUGACUUUAUGAAUUUUUUACUUCCUUAUUGCAUCUUUGCCAUAUAAAUCACAAUUGACUUUCAUCGUAUGGAAAGCCAUAGCUCAGACAAUUUUCUGUAAAACACGAAAUAUGGAACACAGAAAACAAUUUGGGAUCUGAAUUUAUUUGUGGGUGAGUGAAUAAAGAUCGGUUUAUUGGUUGAACGUUUCUUUAAAUUCUGUUGCCAUUUAGUUUUAAGGGGUAGAUUAGACAUGAAGCUUUUAAACUUUUAUAUUCAUAAGUGUUUGUAAUCUUUGAAUGAUACUGUACUUGAUAUUUUUAAAUAUUGUUUAAUCUAGUUAUGUGAACCUAAUCUGUUUACGUAUUCAUAUCGUUUUGAGAAUUUCGAUUUCAAUACAUGUCAAAAGCAUUUCAAUAAGUUGAAUGUACGUUUACUCCAAAGGUGUGUGAAGUGUAGGACCAGGGUUGGACAAAGUUUUACAUGUCUUUGUGUGCGUUUCUUGUUUUUUCUGGGAUUGUGGCGUAGCGUGUAUGCUUUCUGUUGGUUGUCAUGACAGGAACGCAAACGUGUACACGCGCACAGGGAAACAACCUCGAUUCACACGCACAUGCAUACAUAUCCCUUACACCCCAGUUGGGAGAACCUUAGUGAUGACCUUUAACCCGCCCCUUCCAUCCCUGUCCACCCCCAUCCUGAAAGCUGAAAGACACUGUGACUUCUCUCCCCUCCUACUUUAAUGUAGCUACUUUCAUAGACAUGAUGUACGGAAACCAGAGGAAGGUGUAGCUAGUCAGCUUUUGCUGGGAUUGGCCAUCUGGCUGGUCUGUCUUAUGAGAGUGUCUCUACGCUCACUGACUUAACUGCCAGAAUGCAUUGCAGAAUCUGUUUUUGUAAGUGUGUUUUAUUAAUGAUAUCAUGUUUUUAUAAAUAGUGGUAAGGGACUCAAAUAUCCAUUUAAAGAAACUUGUUUUUUUGUUUACAGCUGCAAGAGCAAAGACAUACUUUCAUGUAGCUUUUUCAUAAUGAUUGUUUAUAGUCAAAAUUCUUUCAUUUUUUUCUAGAAAAAGCAAAUACAGCCAAAUUUAUAAGUAGCCUGAUGAUUCUAAUGCCUUAGUAGAGAAAUGUUUUAAAGAUUUGCUGUUUUUUUUCUACCAGUAGUCUAAUGUGAAACUGGUUUAAGGCUACACGGAAGUGCUGUAUAUUCUGUGGUGCUGGGAUUUGGGAUUAAAUGAAUUGGGAGAAUCCUAUCAGUUUCUUUCAGUCUUCCUGCUCAUUUCGCUGCUGAAACGCCAUAGAUAACCCUCACUGCAUCUCUCUCCAUCUCUGUAUCUGCCUCAUUUAGUGACAGUAUUUCAUUCGUUCACCAUGCCCCUGUUCACACCUAUGUGCUGAGGAUGCCAGUGUGUGAAUGUGAAUGUUUAUCUUAGAAAGUUUUGCAUUGACAUUCUUGUUUGUAGUUUGUAUUUCAUUAAUUGUUUCUGCUGCAAGUGUUCUCAGAACUGAAGAGUUUAAGAUCUCUACAUGAUCUUUACCGAAUAUAACAAGCCUUAAAAUAAAAUCCUGCCUGAUCAUUUAAAGAGGAGAAACGCAAGAGAUUUGCUUGGAGCUUUUUUUUUGCCUUUUGAUGUUUCUUAAUUGUUUUUCCCUUGUGAAACGACCAGACUCGUAAGAAUGGGAGCCGUGAUAAGAAGCUAAAGGACUUGAGAUCCCAAUCUCACCCUGUCUCUAUGGAUGGGGUAAGUCUGGGGGCAACCCCACUCUAAACCCUUCCCAAGCCCCACACACCAUACCAAACCCUCUCCCCGGAAGCAGCACAAUACUGAACGCAGAUUUUGAUCUUUUAGUCAACCACUGUCGUCAUGCACCUUCUGCAAACUGGAGUGUGGUACUAUGAAUAUUCUUGACAGUUUGGCAAUUUCUGUGUGCAUGUGUCAGGAGACAUCUGCACUAAUAAUUAUCUUAAACCAUUAUCUUAACUUAAUGGGGUGACAUUAAAAACAUAAAUGUUACACUCCUCCCAUGCCUUUGCCCACUUCUGCUUCCUUUUUGUUUUUUUAUUUAAAGUUAAAAAACAAACACUUUCUGAUGUGACUGUUCCAACUGAACUAGGUCCCUAUGGAACUGUGGACACCAUAUGCAGUGCUGGUUGGGGGGGAAGAAAGUUAGCAUCGCGCAAUGCACAGGAAGUUCUCUAACGCUCCAUUCAGGUAAAAGCACUGUGCCUCCGCCCCCUUUUUACCUGUCGUCCACCUUUAUAUCGUCUGCGCCUUGACCGUGUACCUGCUCAGUUUAUUCUCACCACCACCCCACCCCUCCUGUAGGUUUUUCUCACUUUUCGAUACCAUUGCUAGAGCCAGCUGGGUUCUCAACACGCCAGUGUUAUGCUACUAUCUGUUAAUGCCAAAGGGGGGUGAUGGGAGUGAACCUUUACCGCUUCUGCGGUUAGUGUGUUUUCAAAAUGGGUCGAAGCUUGCUCUUGUAGCUGAUUUGUUGGUUUAUGCUGGUUUGGCUUUCUAGAGAAUGGGGCGGUAAAAGCAGUUGAAUAAAUGGGUUUGUUAAUCUAUAAGUGAAAGCAAAUAUGUAUUUAAGUGGCUAUGCAAAGCUAUCAAGAGUUGACUAAUGAAGAAAGUGUGUAAAAGGUGAGUGUUCGCUGAGAGUCAACUGCUCUAAGGCUUGGAAGAUAUGGAUCUUGCUCGAGUAUCGCCGACCUUGCCUAGACUCCCUCUCUGUGCCUUUUUUUUGUUUAUUUAAUUUUACCCCCAGGCUUCCUCGAGUCUGCUCGCCGUUAACGCCCAGUUCUCCGCCGCCCUCGUCGCUUCUCAAGUGCUAGUUGUUAAGUUUGUUGAGUGUUAACCACUGCCUAAACACAUUCCUAAAGCUCUUAGUCGUUGGACUAGAGACUCCGACGAACUUCUAUUCACAGGACUCUCAUUUGUACUCUGUGACGCUGCCAGCCCUUGUCUUUGUGGGUUAUCAUUGAUUAUUGUUAAUAUUUUCUGUAUAAGGAUAUGCUCUUAGUCUGAGGCACAGUCAUCCAAUUUAGUUGGUGUUAAUCGGUGUAAAACCUGUUAUAUUAUUGGGAUGACUUUAAAGAGUUAAGGUAAUGUUUUGGGUUUGAUACAAAACGUUUUUAUCAGUGUUUGUGGCAUAAGGUUCACAGAACAUAAUUUGACGUGUCAAAUUAUCCAAAAAUUACAGUGAAGUACACCUGGGAAGUUUUUCUGAGGGUUUUAAUGCAGAAACGUGAAGCUCAUAUUGCUAACACUGUACAAUAAGGUUGUAUUUGUUAACAAUAAUUAAUGCCUUAGCUAACAUGACCUACGUUGAAGAAUACUUUUGUAGCAUUUAUUUAUCAUUGAUUCAUGUUGAUUUUUAAAAUCUAAAGUCUUAUCUGUUAUGAAUACAGACCUCUUCUGCGAGGAAAACCUGUUUACUUUCGGUUUAAAGGUAAGACACAACGUUCAAAUGCCAGGAACAGGCAAUCUUGUUUAAUCAUUUGUAUAUGUAAUGUCAUGUACGUUAUUAAAAUACAUAUUUAUAUUUUAUUGUUGUGUUAUACUGUGCCUGUCAAAAUUAUUUGCAACAUCCGGACUACCAUGUGUUAUUAUUUUUAAGCGGUUGUUAUCUGGGAAUGUAAGACCUCGAAAUGUCAUGAUUGCCAAUCAGAAUCAAGUAUUCCAGAGUGCCGUGUAUUAAUUUUAGUUAAUGCAAAGUGAACAAACUAGAGCAAUUGUAUUGACAUUAACAUUAACAAAGAUGAAUAAUGUUAAAAAUAUAUAUUGUUUAUAUAGGUCAUGUUAGCAAAGACAUAAGCUAAUGUUAACAAACCUUAUUGUAAAGUGUUACCAAGUAUUUGUGUUAAGACACCAUUUUUUCUUUAAUAUUUGAAUUGUAUAGUUGUCUAAAAUUGACAUUCCAAAGUAACUUUUCAUUGCUGAUAAACUUCUGGUGUUACUAAAUGCAGUUUACUCAGUGUAUGAAAUGCUUUUAUUUCCUUGUUACAUGAUGAAGUUACAAAGGUCAUAUACUGUACGUUACGCAGACAAGGUUAAAAUGCCAUUUGAUCGCACUAGGCUCUCGCAAAUACAUAGAAUGUUAUGAAGUCUUAUGAUAUGACUAUAUUUCAGGUAUAUUGCCUGGUCCAGUUAUUUAAUGCGAAGGCCAACCUUGGUUCCCUUAUCAAACGAGUCUUACGUUUCCGUUUUAAGUGACUAAAUGUAUCACAAGAAGAUGGCACAGAGUAUAAGUAUGUCCUGUAAGAUUAGAGCAGUUUCAGAUUUUUUUUUAUUAACUAAUAAAGCUGCUUCAGAGCUCCUAUUAGACUCUUCCUCUAAGAGAGAAGUAAAGUGUAGUUUUACCUCACCUCACUAGAAGGUGCUGUUGUCCUCGGUUUGUUUAUCCUAGGUGUUUAUGCAUGCAUGUUCAAAGGAAAUCUCUUUGCUCUGCCAACGCAUGCCAAAGCAUUUAACAUCUUUACAAAUAUUAUUGCACACAAUUGUAGUCUGCAUGUCUAAGUGAGACCUUGGGGUCUGUUUCACUUGCCUAUGGAUAGAAAGAUAUAAAAUAACCAUUAGCCCUUGUUCCAGUUAUUUAUGAAAUCUGGAAUUACAAUAUUUGAAUGCUUUCUGUGAUGUCGAAUGUCUGAUAUAAUAGAUGUCAGAGGUGUUCAUGAGGAACCUUUCAUUUAAGAUAUGAAUGAUGUAUCUGUAGAAUCUCUGUGAAUCCCCAUACAUUUCCGGUGUAAACCUUCUUAAAUCUAUUCAUUGAAAAUUUCUCCCCCCAACCAUUUCCCUCCCCAAUGAUGUCAUCGUUUUGAAAAAAUGUAACCGAUCUCUUCUGCCGCUCGCUUCUCCUUACAUUUAGAAAGAUUCAUGUUUUUCUUUUAUCUCUUUUGUUUUAUUUUUCCAUGAAACAUGGAUUCUUUUUGUGAUUUUUAUAAGGUUACGACCUAGCUUACCCACUGGGUAAAGGCACAAUUCGAGGACUUUUGAAGGGUAAAGUCUGACAUUUUAUAAUUAAUGUAUGAAACUGGAUUUAUUUCCAUUGCAGGCGAUAGGAUUCGAGCUGGUUGUAAUAUUUUUUACCUUAUAUUGCAUGCUUUGUUAAUGUGUGUGUACAUGGCAAAACUUGUAAUUUGUACUCUCCUACACCAGCUUCUGCAUGAACACUGGCAUUGCAUGCUUAUUGCAAUAAACUAGUACUACCUGA